AGACUCACCACAAUGCUAGAAAGAGAGAGAGAGAGAGAGAUAAGAGAAAAGAGAGGAACAGAGUAACAGACAGUGAGAAAGAGGCAGGAAGAGAUGCCGAACUCUUGGUUUGCUGCAUUUUACGCUGCUUUAAAAGUGUGAUAUAGAGAUUUAGAGUAGCACCAACGAGUGAAAAUCUGAUCUUAACUGAUGUCAAAAAAAAAAAAAAAAUCAGAAACGUAAAGAGAAACAAAGCAAAAGAAACGUGGAAGAGAAACAAGCCUCCCAUGAAAAAAAGGGAAACAGCUUAAAAAUGACAGAAGUCUACACAUACUUACUACGAUCAACAAAACUACUAUUCACAGUAAAACUGUACACUACCAUUCAAAGACCUAAAGUCAUGAUUUCUCCUGUAUAUAACUAAGAUGGGCCCAGAUUUAGAGCAAAACGUCUCUUGCAACAACUUGUAUGACCAUCGUCCAGUGGCCCGAAUUCUCAUACCUCUGGCCUAUUCCAUCAUAUGUCCAGUGGGACUUUUAGGCAACGCCCUGGCUCUUCAUGUGAUCUUCCGCAACAUCACCAAACUUAAUUCCAUCACGCUUUAUUCCGCCAACCUGGCUGUGUCUGAUAUCCUGUUCUGCCUGUCGCUUCCCCUACGAGCAGUUUACUAUGGCCUUGGCUUCCACUGGCCCCUGGGGGAAGGACUAUGUAAAGCCAUAACACUGCUCUUCUAUUUGAACUGCUAUGCUGGAGUAAACUUCAUGACUUGUCUGGCAAUCGAUCGUUUUAUGGCACUGGUGUUUCCUCUGAAGCUGGCCAAAUUGAGAAGAGUGAAAAAUGCCCGAUUAGUGUGUCUGGGCAUAUGGCUGCUGGUGUUGGCCCAGACGCUGCCUCUCCUGACCAUUAACUUGACCAAAACGGAGCAUGACAACAGCAUCACCUGUAUGGAAUACCCUAAUUUUGAGGGCCUUUUCAAAGGGCUGCCCUACUUGCUGAUUGUUGGGGUAGUUUUAGGCUUUGGAGUCCCACUGGUGACAAUCAUCGCCUGCUACUCUAUAUUGACCCGUCAACUACAUCUAGCAGCAAAGUCGAACCGGCUGACAGAACGUUCUGGAAGGACCAAAAAAGCAAGAGGAGUGAUCGCAGGAGUGGUAUUUGUGUUUGUGGUGUGUUUCAGCCCAUACCAUCUAGACCUUCUGCAAUACAUGAUCCGAAAACUUAUCUAUGAUCCAGACUGCAAGGAGCUACAGUCCUUUCAGAUAUCCCUGCAUAUUACAGUGUGCCUUAUGAACUUAAAUUCGUGCCUGGAUCCCUUUGUUUACUUUUUUGCAUGUAAAGGCUACAAGCAGAAGCUGAUGAGAAUGAUGAAGUGGCAGGUUGGCACCCACUUCUCCAGUGUUGGAAGAACCUCACAUGAAAGUUCAGGCACAGGCGAUGCGCGCGGCACACGCCGCAACACAGGAAUAACAAUGAAGAAUAUUAGAGAAAGUCAGUAAAACAACCGCCAACAAAAGCCAACAUAAGGUGACGAAAAGUGAUAAACACAUACAGUAUGUGGCUCCGAACUUGAGACUUAAAAGCCAAGAACAAGGCAAAAAAAAGUCACAGACAACUUGUCUUUCCAGAUUUUAAACAGCACAUACUUCAUGAAACAGAUGGAUGCUUAACAAGCACUGGCAUCAAAGUGGAGAAAGAAAAAAUACUUCAUGCAAAAAAAUGCUGCAAAAAGACUAUAGUCCAUGAAGUAAAUAUUGACUAUUUUUCAUUCAAAACAUAACUGUAAAGGGUCAGUUCACCAAACAUGAAUAUUCUGUCAAUAUUUACUCACUUGUUCUAAAACUGUAUGACUUCCUUUCUUUUAUGAAACAUAGAAGAUUUUCUUAUUUUAAUUUACAAUUGACGUGAAGAGUCACCAAAAUGGUCUGAUUACCAACAUUCUUAAAAUAUUUUCUUUUGUGUUUGAAAGAAGAUGGAAAGUCACAGGUUUGAAAUGACAUGAGGUUGAGUACAGUUUUAUUUUGGGGUGAACUAUUCAUUUUAGAACAGUUAAUGGUUCACACAUAAAUACAUGAAUCAUUCCUAAGUUUUAAAAAAUAGCAAAAUAAAGCUAUUGAACUAUCAAAAAGUUCUGAUUGUGAAAAAGUUUCAAAGAUGAGGAUACUUCAUCAAACUUUUAACACAUUUUUUUUUGUGAUUGAUUGGGUUCUUAGGUAUAUGGCAAAUUUAAGUAAGAAGGCAAAUCGAUUUUUCUCAUCAAAAAAGAAAACCACUUUCACAAGACCUUGUUAUUUCAACAUGUAUUGCUUUCAUAAGUUGAUGAGAUGUUGUUUUGAUGCCAGUAAAGAAUACUUUCAUAACAA